UCCCCCUUCCCCUUUCCCUUUCCCCUUUUUGGAAACGUGUCAGGAAUUAGAUAGUUAAAGAUGAGCAAUUGAGGGGACUGAGAGUGAUCCACACAGAGUCUGGCUUCCUUGUGCUUUAUCACAAGGCGUGCUGCUGGCCAGCCUAUUUAAGCACCCUUUUAACAAGACAACCUCGUGGGAAAUCCAGCUGGCAGACUCAAGGAGUUUGGGAAACAGGACCACAGAGGUUACACUCUGGGAUCCUGGCCAUGAGGUUGGAUGCCUCACCUUGCUGAAAAGAGACACUGGACCUAAAUGGCGCAGCAUGACUUUGUUCCUGCUUGGCUAAAUUUCUCAACACCACAGUCAGCUAAGUCACCUACAGCCACCUUCGAAAAACACGGAGAACACCUACCCCGAGGAGACCGUAGAUUUGGAGUAAGCCGUCGUCGACAUAAUUCCUCUGAUGGCUUUUUUAACAAUGGACCUCUACGAACUACAGGAGAUUCCUGGCACCAGCCCUCCCUGUUCCGCCACGAUUCUGUGGACUCUGGUGUCUCUAAGGGAACAUAUGCUGGAAUCACAGGGAAUCUAUCUGGUUGGCAUGGCUCCUCCCGAGGUCAUGAUGGCAUGAGCCAGCGUAGUGGGGGUGGCACAGGGAACCAUCGCCACUGGAAUGGCAGCUUCCACUCCCGGAAAGGCUGUGCCUUUCAGGAGAAGCCACCUACAGAGAUUAGAGAAGAAAAGAAAGAAGACAAGGUGGAAAAAUUACAAUUCGAAGAGGAAGACUUUCCUUCUUUGAAUCCAGAAGCUGGCAAACAGAAUCAGCCAUGCAGACCUAUUGGGACCCCUUCUGGAGUGUGGGAAAACCCACCUAGUGCCAAGCAACCUUCCAAAAUGCUAGUCAUCAAAAAAGUUUCCAAAGAAGAUCCUUCUGCUGCCUUCUCUGCUGCAUUCACCUCACCAGGAUCUCACCAUGCAAAUGGGAACAAAUCGUCAACCAUGGUUCCAAGUGUCUAUAAGAACCUGGUUCCUAAGCCUGCACCACCACCUUCCAAGCCCAGUGCAUGGAAAGCUAACAGAAUGGACCACAAAUCAGGAUCCCUUUCCUCGAGCCGGGAGUCUGCUUUUACCAGUCCAAUCUCUGUUACCAAACCAGUAGUACUGGCUGGUGGUGCAGUUUUAAGCUCUCCUAAAGAGAGUCCCUCCAGCACUACUCCUCCAAUUGAGAUCAGCUCCUCUCGCCUGACCAAGCUGACCCGCCGAACUACCGACAGGAAGAGUGAGUUCCUGAAGACUCUGAAGGAUGACCGGAAUGGAGACUUUUCAGAGAACAGAGACUGUGACAAGCUGGAGGAUUUGGAGGACAACAGCACACCAGAACCAAAGGAAAAUGGAGAGGAAGGCUGUCAUCAAAAUGGUCUUAGUCUCCCUGUAGAGGAGGAAGGGGAAGUCCUCUCACAUUCUCUGGAAGCAGAGCACAGGUUAUUGAAAGCAAUGGGAUGGCAAGAGUAUCCUGAAAAUGAUGAGAAUUGCCUCCCCCUCACAGAGGAUGAGCUCAGAGAGUUCCACAUGAAGACAGAGCAGCUGAGAAGAAAUGGCUUUGGGAAGAAUGGCUUUUUGCAGAGCCGCAGUUCCAGCCUGUUCUCCCCAUGGAGAAGCACUUGUAAAGCAGAGUUUGAGGACUCAGACACGGAAACCAGUAGCAGUGAAACAUCAGAUGACGAUGCCUGGAAGUAG